AUGGUCACCAAGCAAGCUCCAAGGGCCUCCAUCAUGCUCAUCCCAGCUCCCCAGUCCUGCCUGCCUCUCUCUUCCUUGCUGCUGCCUCUGCUGCUGGGAGUCACAGGAGUGACAAGCCAGGAGGAGCUGCAGGUGAUCCAACCUGAGACGGUGUCGGUCGCCGCUGGAGAGACGGUCACUCUGCCCUGCCAGCUCUCCUCUCUGCAUCCUCUGGGGCCCACCAAGUGGUUCAGGGGGACUGUCCCAAAUCGCGAGCUAAUCUAUGAUUUCAAAGGAACCCAAGACAAACACCUCUUCCCCCGAGUAAGAAACGCUUCAGACUCCACCAAGAGAGACAACUUGGACUUUUCCAUCCGCAUCAGUAACAUCACCCCAGCCGACGCCGGCACCUACUACUGUGUGAGGUUCAGCAAAGGAAGCCCUGAUGACAAGGAGCACAAGUCUGGUCCUGGGACUCAGGUGACAGUGAGUGGAACCUCUGAGCCUGAGUGGCAGGUGCUACAACCUGAGGGCCCCAUGCUUGUGGCAGAAGGCGAGACGCUCCUACUGAGGUGCACAGUGGUUGGCUCCUCGAUUGAAGACAGGGUGAAAUGGAUCAAGGUGAAAGUUCAAGACAAGCAGGAAAUUUACAACUUCAAACAUGGCGUCUUCCCUGGGGUGCUGCCAUUGAGGCAACGGACAUUAGAACCACUUAAGUGGGAUUAUUCUAUCUAUAUCCACAACGUCACCAAGGAGCACGGUGGAAACUACCACUGUGUGAAGUCUGAUGGCUCGCAUAAGCCCGUGAAGAUGAUGCUUGAUGUGGGAACCUCAGUGCUGGUGAUGGGAGCCGGGGACCCGGAGCCCGACCUGCGGAUCACACAGCCUCAGGAGUCCGUGUCUGUCACCACGGGAAGCAGCGUUGUGCUCAACUGCACGGUAUUUGGCAGUGGUCCCCCAGGACCCAUCAGAUGGUUCCGGGGGACUGGUGUGAGCCGAGAGGCCACUUACAACUUUGAAGGCCUCUCUCACCCCAACGUGACAGCUGUCCGGGCCUCUGGCAAUGACUACAGCAUUCUCCUGAAAGGGGUUUCCACUGACAAUGCAGGCACCUACUACUGUGUAAAGUUUCAGAAGACAAGCAACAGGCAGUACAUGUCUGGCCAGGGCACCAGGCUAAAGGUGAAAGCAAAACCCAUUUCUUCCCAAGAGACAGACAGCUCUAAUGCUUCUCCAGUCACGGAAUCUUCAACAGGCCUGCUGUCUACGGUCUUACUCGUGGUCCUGGGACUGAAGGCAGUGACCUUGGUUGCCCUCCUGCUGGCCCUGGCAGCCCGCCGAAGGAGCCCUUGAUGAGCAGCCUUCAAGAUCCCAGCUUCCACGGAGCUGUCCCUGGCACACCAAGCAGCAAGGGUCAGGGGUGAAGGGUCUGUCCUGUAGGGGUGUCUUCUGAGAUGGACAGGAGCCAGGCUCUCCAACCACUUCUCUGCCUCCAAUUCCAGACCUCAGAUGCCCA